GUCGGCUCUCUCAACGAUUCGCGUCGGUUACUUGGGAGAUCUCCUUCGCGUCGGCCGCUCUCGGUGCCAUGGUGAAGUCGAAGGAGCGCAAGGUCCUUCGCGUCCAGCGCGGAAGGUCCACGAAGUCGACCAAGGUGGAAGUGCCGAGGCCCCUGAGGGGCCGGAAGCGUGUCUUCAAUUUGAUCUACAGCACCAAUUGGCAGUGCAACGAGGACCUCAGCAGCUUGCCACCGGAGCUACGGGAAGCAACUCGGCGCAUGAGUGCGCAGACGCCGCUUUGCUGCGAGCUCACCAAUCGAUCCUUCAUGCAGCUCCUGGCCCGUAUUGCUCGUGAGCUGGGCUUUGAGGUCAAGCGCUGGCCGGUGCGUGGUCCAGAGACGUGCAUGGCUUUGACCAGGGCCGCCCGUGACGGUCACAUCUCGGACUGCUCAGCGAUGUUGCUACAUGCUUGGCAUGGGAGCUAUGACAAGGAGUGUGUUCCAUCAUGGGACUUCUACCCGCUACUGAAGGCCUUGAAGGAGCGGAGCGUGGUGCUCUACCCCUCGCCCGAGCUGGAUGAAGUCCAUAGCGCCAAGAGGUACCGAAGUGAGUUCAUGGCUCCGACCCAGUUCUUGACCCUCACCCGCAAAGCACAUGGGUGGAGUGCCAAUGGACACCCAGUCGCUGCAGCGGUGCGGCAAGCAGUGAAGGAGCUCUUGCGCGAGGCUGAGCUCAAUGGCUUGACCACGGAGAAUUUGAUGCUAAAGCAGGGCUUUUCCUGGGGUGGUGCUCAAGUGACACGCUUGCGACCAUUUGAGGUCUUGGAGUUUCUGCGGAAGAGGGUCAUUCCGAAGAUCCCUCCGCAGGCGAAAGCUUUGACCAUCCUUCUGCAGGCCAAGGUGGAUUUGGUGGCGGAGCUCCGCUGGAUGGUCCUGGAGGGUCAAUUGAGGGGCCGCGGAUGGGUCACGUUGCCCGUGCCCCGCGUGGGGCGCCGAGCGAACUCCGGAUGCUACAAGAAUGAAGUGGCCUGCCGGGCUGCCUUGGAGAAGGGCCACUUGGACCGCUUGGCACUGGAAGAGGCGAUUCGACCCAAGGUGGAACAAGUGGUCCAAGAAGCCACCCGGGAUGCGGGUGGGCAAGUGCCACAGUACCUGCGGGUGGACUUCCUCGUGGACAAGCAAGGCCGCGCCUGGCUGGGCGAACGUGAGAGCUGGGGCGCCGACCUGGUGCGGAACCAGGUGAACCCCUUGGGACGUUCUUCAUGCCGGAGGUUCUUCGUACCAAGAUCAAGACCCGUCACUGGUCUUGCGUCCGUCACUUCAGACGCGCUGCCCACCGCCAAUGAACGCUGCGCUAAAACAGACGGGUCCAAGGUUUGGCUCGUGUUUUCUCUGGGCGAGUCGCAAAAUUCAGCAAGGGCAAAGAUGUUGUUGGGUUCGAGCUGAGUAGAUAUUGA